AUGGUCCUUUCCAAAGUGUUUGGUUUGGGAUUAGUUGCAGGUCUGGCUUUCAGAAGUGACAGUAUUCGGUCCCAAGAGGAACCCGCAAUUCGACUUCGUUCUUCCCAUUUUGUGCCAUCCUUGGGAAUCCAGGACACUAAGGAGCUAAACAAAACCUGCUGUCUGAAUGGGGGAACCUGCAUGCUGGGGUCCUUCUGUGCCUGCCCCCCCUCCUUCUACGGACGAAAUUGUGAGCAUGAUGUCCACAAAGAGAACUGUGGGCCUGUGCCCCACGGCACCUGGCUCCCCAGGAGGUGCUCCCUGUGUAAAUGCUGGCACGGCCAGCUGCACUGCUUCUCUCAGGCCUUUCUACCUGGCUGCGAUGGCACUGUGAUGGAUGAGCGUCUCGCUGCUUCCAGGACUCCAGCGCUGACAUGGUCUGCGUGCUGCACUCUGGUGCUGGCUGGACUGUGCCUUACUGUUCAGAGUUCCUGUUGA